AUGGCUCAGACUAUGGAGGACACUUUGGAAGUGAGCGGACAGCCACCAAGGUUCUCCACAGUAGCUUCUACUGGUCCACACUCUUUAAGGACUCUAGAGAGUUUGUCUGUAACUGUGACAGUUGCCAAAGAGCUAGCAAUCUCCCUCAUGAACACAAGGCCUAUUGGGCUACUGAAUUCUAAGGCAGCAGGAGAGAAAUGGCUUCUCCAACCAAAUGAGUUGGACAAAUUCUGCUUAGCUGCAUUUGAAAAUGCAAAGAUCUAUAAAGAAACAGCAAAAAGGUGGCAUGGCAAGAAGAUAUCUUCCAGAGUCUUAGAACCAGGACAGAAGGUCCUGCUCUUCAACUCAAGACUCAAACUAUUCCCUGAGAAACUCAAAUCUCGAUGGAAGGGGCCGUAA